AAACAAUGACAGUAAAAGUUUGGAAUUCCGACAAGACCAGAGGGAAGGUCUUAACAGUAAGGAGCUUUGAAGAUCUUGUCAGUAAAGUACGAGAGAAAUUUGAAAUAAGGGAUGACAGAGUUACCAUGGUCCUUGAAGACAAUUGUGAAAUUGAUGACAAUGAUGGUCUUAACGGCCUGUGUGGAGAACAUUCCGGGCAGAUAUCACCAUCAUUGUAUUUCCUUAUAGGAAACGAACAGUUACUGCUGCCAUCGGGCUCAGGUGAGCAGUCAAGAUUUAACUUCCUUAUGGAACAAAUGAAAAGGAAAAGAGGAUUAAAUAAUGAAACCAGACAGAAAAAAGGACGCCUUACGAUGAAAGUUUGUUUUGGAUGGAUGCAUUUCAAUCCCCAUGAAAAAAGAUAUGUGGCUGUAAGGAGCCAAAAAGGAGGAGGAAGCAAGAAGGAGGAAAUCUUAAGAUCCGCCACAUAUGACCUAGUACUUGAAAAAUUGCUUAAUAUAUUUUUCCCAGAUGGGAAAAGUGCUUUAGGAAGAAUCAGCAAAUUCCAUCAAGCAGUAGGAGAUGGGCGAGGAAACGCCAUAAAGAAAGAAAAUUUCAGUUUAGAGGAUAUUGAAAGUUCGAGUAAAGAGAAUCGGUUAUAUUUGCUGACAAAAGAAAAGGUAAUACAUUUGGAAACAGAUUCUGACUCGGACUUUGAGCUGCCAGAUAUACAAUUCAGGACUGCAAGGACACAGCCAGUGACUGAACAUAGUGGUCCCCAGCAUAAUCUUGCAACACAGAGUGUUACCCCACAACAACCUGCUGUCUUUCAGUCCAAUACCUCACAGCCUGUUACACAUCAGAGCUUGAAUGUUGCUUUGAUGUCUGCAAUGCAAACACCACCUGGUCAUGUAGCUACCGGAACACCUACCGUUACAUUUAAUCCAGAAACAUUGAAGUGUUGUGUAUGCUAUGAAAGAGAUCGGUCAGCAUUCCUCAUACCUUGUGGUCAUCUGUACUGUAUGGUUUGUGCCACUCAUCUUGAAUCAACUCAAAUGUCCUGUGCAGUGUGUAGAACCAGUAUCACUGGUGUUGGACGCCUUCAUGCCUAGUUUUCUUUAGAGAAAGACUUGACAGAAUCUGUGCCAUUCAUUUAAGAGUUGAAGAACAAUGAACAAUCUAUUUCUUAUUUUAUAACCUCACCUGAGGACUUUGUCCUCAGGGUGAGCUUUUGUGAUGGCUGAUUGUCCGUCGUUCAUCGUCCAUGUGUGCGUGCAUCCGUCAAAAAUUUCUUUAAACAACUUUUCCUCCUCUUAAACCACUUGGCCAAAUUUGUUGAAAUUUUGCAAAGAUGUUUCUUGCAUGAAGGUCUUCCAAAGUUGUUAAAAGAAUUAAAUUCCAUAAAGAACUCUAGUUGCCAUGGCAACUGAAAGAUUAUUUUACCAAAGAUCCUUAAAAAUUAUUGUAAAAAACGUAAGAGCUAGAGCUUAGAUAUUUGGAAAUAUCUUCAAAUGGAUU